UCACGUGGUCCGCGGCGCUGCGGUAGUGUACAGCAUGGCGGCUGCCGGUGGUUCUAUUACCGGGGACGGAGCUCCGGGAGAAAACCCGCAGGAUAGACCCGCCGCGGGGGAGCAGGAGGCCGGGGCGGGCGGGGAGAGCGGCCCGCGGGAGAAGCCCGUCUGUCUCAUCGUUCUGGGAAUGGCUGGAUCCGGGAAAACCACGUUUGUACAGCGUCUCACUGCUUUUCUCCACUCUAAGAAUUCUCCUCCGUACGUUAUUAACCUCGACCCUGCCGUCCACGAAGUCCCGUUUCCAGCCAACAUCGAUAUCAGAGACACGGUCAACUAUAAAGAAGUGAUGAAACAAUACGGUUUAGGGCCGAACGGAGGAAUCGUCACCUCUUUAAACCUGUUUGCGACUCGUUUUGAUCAGGUGAUGAAGUUCAUCGAGAAGAAGCAGCACAAUCAUCAGUAUGUCCUGAUUGACACACCUGGGCAGAUCGAGGUGUUCACCUGGUCAGCGUCUGGAACCAUCAUAACUGAAGCACUGGCGUCGUCUUUCCCCUGUGUGGUGAUGUACGUGAUGGACACGUCCCGCAGUGUGAAUCCCGUCACCUUCAUGUCCAACAUGCUGUACGCCUGCAGCAUUCUCUACAAAACCAAGCUGCCCUUCAUCGUUGUUAUGAACAAGACUGAUAUAAUAGAUCACAGUUUUGCGGUGGAGUGGAUGCAGGACUUCGAGACGUUUCAGGACGCUCUGAAUCAGGAGACGUCGUACGUCAGUAACCUCACGCGCUCCAUGAGUCUCGUGCUGGACGAGUUCUACACCAACCUGCGGGUGGUCGGUGUGUCUGCAGUAACUGGUUCUGGACUGGAUGAGCUGUUCGUUCAGGUCGCUGAAGCAGCUAAAGAAUACGAGACAGAAUAUCGGCCGGAAUACGAGCGUCUGCAUAAAGAGCUGGCUGAUGCUCAGACUAAGAAACAGCAGGAACAGCUGGAGCGUCUCCGUAAAGACAUGGGUGAAGUUUCGAUGGAGACGGCAGUAGAGCCAGAAGCGUCGGGUAUCAGUGGCCCCAGUGAUCUGAUCUUCAACAGAGGAAACCCUGAAGAGGAAGAGGAGGAGGAGAUGGACAGCGAUACUGAUGAUAUUGAUCACCAAGUGACGGAGGAGAGUAAAGAGGGCGUGGCUUUCGGGAACUUCCUGAAGGAGAGGAAGGAGGUGGUGCAGGUGAGAAACAGGAAGUCUCAGUGACGACGGCAGGAAGUGAAGGUUAGGAAGCUCCACCUCAGGUCUUCUCCCUGGACUCUGAGCUUUCUGAGGAUCUGAUUGGUGCGUCAGGCUGCUGGAGCUUCUUCAGAACCAACGAACAGCGCGUCAGGAUUUGUGUGGAUUUCUGAGGAUUUGUGUUUAGUUAAAGAGGGAAGCGUAGAAGCGUCCAGCUCUAUUUCAGUGCUGGAGAAACAGCAGAAGAUCUGAUCCCUCAGGAUUAGUUUAGCAUAAAUCUCUCAUUUCUUCAUAUAUUCACACAUUUAUACAGAGUGUCUGACUCAGACUGAUGCUAUUUGGAUAAAUAAGGAUUUACACAGAUAAACCUCCUCUCACUUCAUACUUAGUUUCUCAGUUUCUCACUUUUUGGAACAGAAAUACAGAACUUUAUUCUCCUCCUAAAAGCCUAAAGCUGUUAUUAGGAAUUCUUUUCUCAGUUUAUUUGUUAUUACAGUGUUGUAUUUAUCAGGUUUGUGUUCUCUUUAUAUGCUGAAUAGAUUAAAUCCAUUCCUGUGUCCAUAAACAUAAACAUGCACACUGCUGCGGUUUUGAUUUUGGUGUGAAAAUAAAUAUUUUUAUACAUGAGCA